AUGAAGGAACAUCCAGAAUCCAUCUCGCGUAAGCUUGUUUUCAGGGAUUUCAGAGAAUAUGGAAUAUUCUCAGACUUUGUUUCGCAACUACUUGUUUGGUUUCGCAACCAUGCUCACACCGUGCUCCUCCAACAACCUUGGACCAGUCACAAACUACUCUGUUUUGUGAAAAAGAGGAUAAUUCGUGCAAGUGAACGAGGACCAGAAACCAAAUGUGGUAGAGGAAAGAAGAGGAAAAAGAGUGGGAGAGAUCUCAACGCCCACGUGGACGGUGCUCCUACCCACCUCGCGCCUACCGGCUGCUUCCGCACCGUUCUCCGGCGAAGUCGCCGGCCAGACACCGCCGUUUCCGCCGGGCAAUCUCUCUUCGAGGCGCCGUUCCGUUCUCCUUCAGGUUCUCUCCUCGUUUUACAACUCGCCGUCGUUUGUUUCCCUUUCUUCCUCUCAGAUCUACGUUCGGUUAUUCGAGAAAUUGAUAAAAUGGACGGCCAUAUAGGAAUGAGGAAAAUCAGUUCUCACUGCUCCAUAUCUGAGAUGGAUGACUUUGAUCUCUCACGUCUGCUUGACAAACCAAGAUUGAAUAUUGAGAGACAGAGAUCAUUUGAUGAGAGGUCACUCAGUGAACUGUCCAUUGGUCUUCCGAGAGCUGGCUUGGAUAACUAUGAAACUUAUUCGCCUGGAGGAAGAUCUGGCUUUAACACACCCGCAUCAUCUACACGGAACUCAUUUGAGCCCCAUCCCAUGGUUGCUGAUGCCUGGGAAUCCCUCAGAAAAUCUCUAGUCUAUUUUAGAAGCCAACCGGUUGGCACAAUUGCAGCUGUUGAUCACCAAUCAGAGGAAGUUCUAAACUAUGACCAGGUUUUUGUUCGAGAUUUUGUGCCCAGUGCUCUAGCCUUUUUGAUGAAUGGUGAACCAGAUAUAGUUAAGAACUUCUUGUUGAAGACACUGCAUCUUCAAGGGUGGGAAAAAAGAGUAGAUCGAUUUAAGCUUGGUGAAGGUGUGAUGCCAGCUAGUUUCAAAGUCCUCCAUGAUCCCAUUAGAAAAACAGAUACUCUUAUUGCAGAUUUCGGUGAAAGUGCAAUUGGAAGAGUUGCUCCAGUUGACUCUGGAUUCUGGUGGAUCAUUUUGCUUCGUGCUUACACAAAGUCUACGGGGGAUCUAUCUCUGGCUGAAUCAUCAUCUUGUCAAAAGGGAAUGAAACUUAUAUUGACUCUAUGCUUGUCAGAGGGGUUUGAUACAUUUCCAACUCUGCUUUGUGCUGAUGGUUGCUGCAUGGUUGAUCGAAGAAUGGGUAUUUAUGGUUAUCCUAUAGAGAUACAAGCACUUUUCUUUAUGGCGUUGAGAUCUGCUUUGGCAAUGUUGAAACAGGAUGAUGCCGAAGGAAAAGAAUGUGUAGAGCGUAUUGUGAAACGUUUGCAUGCACUAAGUUAUCACAUGAGAAGUUACUUUUGGCUUGACUUCCAACAACUAAAUGACAUUUAUCGGUAUAAGACUGAAGAGUACUCACAUACUGCAGUUAAUAAAUUUAAUGUUAUUCCUGAUUCAAUCCCAGAUUGGGUAUUUGACUUUAUGCCAACACGUGGGGGCUACUUCAUUGGAAAUGUCAGUCCUGCUCGGAUGGAUUUUCGAUGGUUUGCUUUAGGCAAUUGUGUUGCAAUUUUAUCUUCUCUGGCAACUCCAGAACAAUCAAUGGCUAUCAUGGAUCUUAUUGAAUCUCGCUGGGAUGAGUUAGUUGGAGAAAUGCCCUUAAAAAUAUCUUAUCCAGCAAUAGAGAGCCACGAGUGGCGAAUUGUUACUGGAUGUGAUCCCAAAAAUACCAGAUGGAGUUACCAUAACGGAGGAUCUUGGCCAGUGCUCCUGUGGCUAGUAACAGCUGCUUGCAUUAAAACGGGGAGACCACAGAUAGCAAGACGUGCAAUUGAGCUUGCAGAGAGUCGUUUACUAAAGGAUGGGUGGCCUGAAUAUUACGAUGGUAAACUUGGAAGAUAUAUUGGGAAACAGGCAAGAAAAUACCAAACAUGGUCUAUUGCAGGUUAUCUUGUGGCAAAGAUGAUGCUGGAGGACCCCUCUCACUUGGGGAUGAUUUCCCUUGAAGAAGACAAACAAAUGAAACCGGUUAUUAAAAGAUCGUCUUCUUGGACUUGUUAA